GAGCAGUCCAAAUCGUCGAUGCACAGACACUCCUCACUGCUCAGACCUCAGCGGACACGCAUACCUCAGUACAACACAGAGUGAAAAAACAGAAAUCAGCCAAAAUGUGUUGUUCCGGCUUUCUCAAAAUUAUGAUGUUCAUCUUCAAUGGCGGCAUCUUUUUAGCAGGUGCAGUCAUUCUGGGUGUGGGAAUUUGGGUGCAGGUGGACAGGAAUUCCUUUCUGGAUAUACUGGAUGAGGUGGAAGACGCCUCCUCGUUAUCACAACUGGUAAACGUCAGCUACCUGCUCAUCGCUGUGGGUGCUGUACUACUGGUGAUUGGCUUCCUGGGCUGCUGUGGUGCCAUCAGGGAGAGCAAAUGCAUGCUGCUGACGUUCUUCAGUAUUGUUUUGAUUAUCUUCCUCAUCGAGGUUGCAGGAGCCAUUGUGCUCUUUGUCUUCAAAGAUGUGGCUGGUGAGCUUCUUCAGGAACUGGAGAAAAACGUCCAAAAGACCAUUAAAAACAAGUAUGGAGACCAAAACAAGCUGACUUCUGUCUGGGACAACACAAUGGAAGAGUUGAAAUGCUGUGGAUACAGGAACUACACAGAUUUUACAGACUCGCCUUUUUACAAUAAAGGAAAGCUCUAUCCAACCCCAUGCUGUAAUUCAACCACUAGUGAUAAUGAAUGCAAUGCAGAUAGAGCGGGAAAAGCGGACGUCGAUGGCUGCUUUGACAAACUGCUGCAGCUGAUAGAGGACAACGCUCUGGUCAUUGCAGGUGUGGCAAUGGGGAUCGCUGCUCUCGAGAUCGCUGCCAUGGUGGUUUCAAUGGUUCUCUACUGCAAAGCUGGAAAAGAUCGAUAAUUCAACUUUGGAGAAAUUUUGCUAAGUGGUUUUGUCUGUGGAAAGUUUUCUAGUAUUUGAUUCAAAGCAGAUUUUCAGCUGAACAUUGAAUGUUCUGCCUCUUCUGGUUUUUAAAGCUUUCAUGCAAAGAUAGAGGAGAAGGUAGUGACAUCUUUUUACUUUUAAAACUCUGUAUCUGUACACACUUAUACUGUGAUUUAUUUAUGUUUGUGUGAGGGUCUCCUGCUGUAUGUGCUGAUACACUUAACCUAAAAUGUGAAAUGAUGCACAGUGCAGAGAACUCUGGGUUGUUUGUGUCAGUGGUUUACAGUCACUAAAUUAAUGUUAUGAGUUUAUUUUUUUAUGUAUGAUCACUUCUAAAUAAUAAAAAGAACAAACUGAACUUGUGCCAUGA